CGUAAGAGUUAAGAGGAGUCACUGACAAUUCAAUAUGAAGGACAACUUCGGUUUUGCCGCCACCAGCAAUAACGUCACCAGCAGUCUUCCUUUUGAUAGCCUCAACAUGUCUGCCACCAAUGAGUCUGCCUUUAACUGCUCACACAAACCAUCAGAUAAGCAUUUGGAAGCAAUUCCUGUGCUCUACUACAUGACUUUUGUCAUUGGUUUUGCUGUUAAUAUUGUUGUGGUGUCACUGUUCUGUUGUCAAAAGGGCCCUAAAAAGGUCUCCAGCAUUUACAUCUUCAAUCUGGCUGUGGCUGAUUUACUCCUGUUGGCUACCCUCCCUCUCUGGGCAUCCUAUUAUUCUUACAGAUAUGACUGGCUCUUUGGACCUGUGAUGUGCAAAGUGUUUGGUUCUUUUCUUACCCUGAACAUGUUUGCCAGCAUUUUUUUCAUUACCUGCAUGAGUGUUGACAGGUACCAAUCGGUUAUCUACCCUUUCCUGUCUCAAAGAAGGAAUCCCUGGCAAGCAUCUUAUGUAGUCCCCCUUGUCUGGUGUAUGGCUUGUCUGUCCUCAUUGCCCACAUUUUAUUUCCGAGAUGUCAGAACCAUUGAAUACUUAGGCGUGAAUGCUUGUAUUAUGGCUUUUCCACCUGAGAAGUAUGCCCAGUGGUCUGCUGGAAUUGCUUUAAUGAAAAAUGUCCUUGGUUUUAUUAUUCCUUUAAUAUUCAUAGCAACAUGUUACUUUGGAAUCAGAAAACACCUGCUGAAGACCAAUAGCUAUGGGAAGAACAGAAUAACCCGUGACCAAGUCUUGAAGAUGGCAGCUGCUGUUGUGUUGGCGUUCAUCAUUUGCUGGCUUCCCUUCCAUGUUCUGACCUUCCUGGAUGCUCUGGCCUGGAUGGGUAUCAUUAAUAGCUGUGAAGUUAUAGCAGUCAUUGACCUGGCACUCCCUUUUGCCAUCCUCCUGGGAUUCACCAACAGCUGUGUUAAUCCCUUUCUGUAUUGUUUUGUUGGAAACCGCUUCCAACAGAAGCUGCGCAGUGUGUUCAGGGUUCCCAUUACUUGGCUCCAAGGCAAGAGAGAGACUUUGUCUUGCCGAAAAAGCAGUUCUCUUAGAGAAAUGGACACCUUUGUGUCUUAAAUCUUUUAAUGGGAUGCAUGUAAUCAGCUUAGCUAUUGGUUUGGAGGCCCCUCACAAAUAAUCUCUAAGGGGCAUCAGUAUAAUACAUUUCUUUGCCUUAGCUUGUCUUUACUUACUACCCCAGAACAGGAAAUCAAGUGUAACUGUAAAUUUUUAUACUUCACUAACUUUCAGUGGUUGUGCCUUGUUUUACUUGUCCUUUGCCACAAGAUUGUCAUGGGUGAGCUAUAUCUAUAAUCUAGAAGUAACUGGAGCUAUCUCAAAUAUAAUUACUAACACAUUAUGAGUGGUGAUUUGGAGUCUCAGAUUUCUCCUUGGAAA